CGAGGGAAGGGGAUGAUGUAGGGGUUGUCCUAAGAGGAAGGAAAAACAGAAGUGAAAAGCAAAGCCAACAACCAAACAAUGUGAGAAAAUGCAUGCACGCGAAAAUGUUGCUAAAAAAAUACGUAAAAACACGGCGUAAGGUGAAGAUUCUUCUGUUGCUGGCCAUCGUGGGGCUCUUGGUGAUCACCAUCAUAGUCCUAGGCUCUACAGGACGCAAUGCAGCCAUCGAAUUGCUCCUGGACGAGCGCUUCAUCGCUCGGGCCUACAGGCCAGGGGAUCAGCCGGAGAAGUCCCCACAACCGGCAGCUGCUAUGUCCGUGCUUCAGCCCCAACGGGAAAAUGGUGUGAUAGUGCCGGAGAAAUAUGACGAACAGAAGAUUAAGGAGCGCAUCAUCCAAAGCAAAAUGGAUCUCAUGAAGCUACAGCAGCAACGCGACCACGAGGCGGAACAGUCGUCCAGGACUACCUUGGAUGUUAUUACCACGGCUGUGCAUAUUUUCUACACUGCUCCGGUUCCGUGGUACAAGUCCAAGAAACCUCCUCCUCCGCCAGCGGAGCAUCCAAACGAUGUGCCUCUGACAACUCCGAGGCCUGUCAGAAUCCUCAACACCGCCUUCUAUCCAGCAUUGGGAUUGUACAAGCCCAGCAACACGCUCCUGUCUCAGCACUUUGAGAACAUUAAAAGCUGUGGCGUUGGAGUGCUCAUUUUGAGCUUUACAGGUGGAAAGCCGGCGGAGGCAGCCUUAAUCCAUCAGAUCCUGGACGUGGCCCCGCAGCAUAAUCUGAGCGUGACUUUUGAACUCAGCGUAGCUGGAAACCAAAGUGUCGAGUAUGUGCGUCAGCAGCUGCAGGAGAUUGCAACGUACGCCAAGCUCCCAGGAUUCUACAGGGUGUGGAGUCAGUCGAGGGGUGCCUCCUUACCGGUGUUAUAUGUGAGUAAUGCCUACAAAUUGAGUGAUAGCCUUGGAAGGCUGCUGUGUCGGACGCCUUCCCUGGUGGAACCAGAUGGAUUAAGAAGGAUCCAAGAUGCCUUCUUCAUAGGACACUUAAGGCUUAAAAGUCAUGCUGAUGUCCUGCGGCGGUUGUGCUUUGAUGGCUUUUACAGUAAACUGCCCAGCAAUGGGGCUGUCUUUUCCAGCACCUGGAAGAACUGGUCCUAUCUCAAGUCGUUUGCACUAUCCUACAAAAUGCUUUUUGUACCCACUGUGGGACCAGGAUUUGCCGAAAGAAACAAGUUUCCACGGCACGGAGACAUCCAGAGGCAUCGGAGCAAUGGGAGGUAUUAUGGAGUGGCCUGGAGAACAGCUAUCUUAAAUCAUGUGGGAUUUAUAAACAUUGCCAGCUACAACAACUGGCCCGACGGCAGCCAAAUCGAGGAGGUAAUGCCACGCGCUGGAUUCCUGGACUACAACCCUGGCUCAAGGACCAAAUACCUGGAUCUCACAGCCCACUGGGUGGGCAAUUUUCUGAAAACACGCCAAGAGGCGGCGGCUGCAGCAGCUCCGGCAUCACCCCAGAACUGCUACGAGCUCCUAAAUGGAACCAUUUGCUAAACGCACAGGGCGCGCCUUCCGCGAGGAGAUAAUCCUAGUUACUUUAGAAGCAAUAGCAACAAUUGCAGGCCACAAAAUUACUUUCUAACUGUUAACGAGUCUUCUGCUACAUAUUUAUACACUCACAUAC